AUGAUUGGUGAAGUUAAUUCAAACAGAUUCCUAUCAGUGUUCUACAGUGUUGGAAGUAAACCAUUGGAGAAGUGGCGUCAACAAGUUUCUAAUGGUCGAAUUGAUCGAAUCACUGAUGAAGAGAUCCAAUCAUAUGUAUUAGAAAUUUUAGGUCGAAAUAUAAGUACUACUUUGAUUACUUGUCCAAAUGUGACAAAUAAAAGUCUUGCAAUUAAAAUGCCAAUUUUAGUGAUAAUUUUAAAGAAUUUGAAUAAAUAUUUCAGUUUUGAAGUUCAAGUUCUUGAUGAUCAAAACUUAAAGCGACGAUUUCAUGCAAGUACUUGUCAAACUACAGCGGUUGUUAAACCAUUUGCUUGUAUGAUGCCAAUUAAACUUGAUGCCGGUUGGAAUCAAGUACAAUUUGAUUUAGCUGAUUUUACACGAAAAGCUUAUGGGACUACUUAUGUAGAGACAAUUAAACUUAGUGAUGCUUACUACUAA